AUGUCAAAGUGACGUCAAACAGUGUUGUCAAAAAAGCAAAAUAUUUGUGAUUCGCUGUUUUAUUGAAUUUUUCAUUGAUAAAGUCCCCGCAAAGGACGAAAAAUGGAUCGUCUUACCACAAUAAGUGCGAGCCUUUUCAUGGCAGCAAAUGUUUUUGCAAUUGUUAGCCUUGCAAUGCCAGAUUGGAUCGUCACAGAUGUUGGAGGAGAAACACGCCUGGGACUCAUGUGGACUUGUAUGACACUCUACAAUCGCCCCCAGGUGUGCUUCACACCUGAAUUGCAACCUGAAUGGCUUCUAGCGCUAAUUUGCAUAUUUGUCGGAUGCAUCUGCAUAACCACAACAAUUAUCCUUCUGGCAUCGAGCAAUUGGGACAGGAAUGUGAUUCCCUAUGCACGAUGGGUCGGUUUCACGGCCAUGGUACUCUUCUGCUUGGCAGCCGUGAUCUUCCCACUGGGCUUCCAUGUGGAUGAAAUUGGUGGGCAACCAUAUCAGCUGCCCAAUUCCCAUCAAGUGGGCAUUUCCUACAUAAUGUUCGUCCUGGCUGUUUGGAUUACAGUUAUUUCGGAACUUUUUGCCGGGAAAGUGUGUCUACCGCAUUUCUGAAGGUUCCACCAUCAUCAGUGAAUCUCACCGCAUCCCAAAGUAUUGACAUCGCGCGCAUCAUUCUAAAGUGCAGCAUUAUUCCAAAACCGAUUUUUUUUACAAAAUAUCCAUGUCUAUAAAUUGAUAUAAAUCCUGAUGUAGGUAAGUUUAGAGAGCAAAAAAAUUAUGGCAAUUGAAUCUCAAAAAAAAUCUUUAUCAAUUGAAGCAUUGAUGCAUAUGCUUCAUGCGGUAAUAGAUGAAGUUACAAUAGGGGCGUAGUUUUUGUAAUCUUUCCCAAUGAAAACUGUGCUGUUCUUUAAUUGUUUGCGUGUGUAUUAGACAUAAGAUUAAAUUUAAGGACGUAAAAUGGUGUAUGUAUUAAGAACUAAUUUUGUUCUUAUUGUAUAAAUAAGAUAAAUAUCUCUAAAUUUGUACAUAAAUAAAAUGGUUGUAAUUUUUGCGAUAAAUAUCGAAUACAAAAGAAAAAUAACA